CAAGGCUGCAGGGUACAUUGAGGGUGACUUGUCCCCACACCCCACAGAGACACAGACAAGCUGGGAGCUGCAUGAUGCUUAGCCAGGCUAACAGUCCCUGGGUUUCUUUCAUUUUCAAAGACCUCUCUUACUUUGACCGCACUAGAUUUCACCAGCAGAUAACAGACAAUGUUUGAUGGACACAGGAAAAGAUGAGACAUCUUUUGACUUUUGACUUCCUGUAGCUGCAGCCAGCAGCGGAGUUCCUUAUUUGGGGCUCGGUGGAGCUGGAGACCGGGGUGUUGGUGGCAGCAGUGAGGGGCCCCUCGCUGACCCCGUCAUGGCGUCUGCUCUCACCAUCCUCUUCCUCGGCUGGUGGCUGGCCGGGCGGAGCGGGGUGUCCGGACAGGGGCCCUACCCCAAACCCUCCAUCUCCGUCAGCCCUGGUGGGGUGAUCCCCGUGGGGGGAAACGUCACCAUCCGGUGUCGGAAUCAGCACCUGGGGAUGAAGUUCCUCCUCUACAAGGCUGGAGUUGGGAACUAUCUGACUUACACAGACCCUGCUGGCUCUGAGGCUGAAUUUCCCAUCACCAGCGCCAGACGGGAACAGAGCGGAAACUACACCUGUCGUUAUAGCCACAGAACAGGACCAGCUGCCUACUCGGAGCCCAGCGACCCUGUGCAGAUCAUUGUAGCAGGUGGACCUGUAUCAAGCGCAGCACCGGUUCUGACCCGCACCAUCAUUGCCGGGGUGAGUGCGGCGGCCGCCGGCCUCCUCCUCCUGCUCCUCCUCCUGGCCUUCGUCUGCUACAGAAGAACCCGAAGAAAAUCCUCCAUUGACAAAGGGAAACAGAAGCAGACCCUGGAGCCUGACCCCGGCACCUACGCCGAACUGGACCUCCAGACGCUGCAGCCCAGUGUGUACGAUGUGAUCAACGUGAGGCGGGGAGCCCCGCCGGGAGGUUGA